CUCGCACACUAUACAGCCGACCUGGAGCCCGCAGUUCGUGACCUCAUUCGAGAGUACCACGACGUUUUUCCAUCGUCGUUCUCGUAUGCCGGCAUCCCACCGAUGCGCGACGUCAAGCACUUCAUCCAACUUGUGUCUGACUAUCGUUUUCACCACCAGGCACCCUACAGACUCUCGAUCCCCGAGGCCAACGAACUCAAGCGUCAGCUUGAGGAGCUCUUGAGACUGGGUUUCAUUAAGCCCAGCAACUCCCCGUGGGGUGUACCCGUCCUCUUUGCUCGCAAAGCGGAUGGAACUCUCCGUCUCUGCAUCGAUUAUCGCGGUCUUAACCGCUACACGGUUAAGAACAGCUACCCCAUGCCUCGUUCCGACGAGUUGUUCGACCGCCUAGCAGGCAACCGCUUCUUUACGAAGAUUGAUCUUCGUAGCGGUUACCAUCAGAUCCGCGUCGCUGCAGCGGACCAGCCAAAGACAGCGUUCCGAUCGCGCUUCGGCCACUACGAGUUUACGGUGAUGCCAUUCGGCUUCACCAACGCACCCGUUACCUUUCAGAGGGUAAUGAAGGACGUCUUCAGCGACAUCCUGGAGCAGUACGUUCUCAUUUACCUCGAUGACAUCUUGGUCUACAGUCGUACCCUUGAGGAACACCUCAGACACCUCCGCGACGUCCUUGACUGCUUAAGCAGACAUGACUUCUACGCCAAGCUGAGCAAGUGCCGCUUUGCCCAGCACAAUAUGGAUUUCUUAGGACACUAUGUGUCUGACCAUGGUCUCCACAUGGACGACGCGAAGAUCACUGCUAUUGCGGAUGGCGGAGGGGAGUCAGGGAAUUGUUGGAGUUGGAGUGCAUCGGAGGGGGAUGAGACCAAGUAUCGACCCGCCGCUUACAGACGGAUCAAGACAGAGGAGCAAAGGAAUAACUACAUGGAUAUGGGGAGCGAGUGCAAGAGUUGGCUCAUAAUUGCGAGAUCACGUAGGGGAUUGCAUCUGAGCAGGAUGCACAGCGGAGGAUUGAGACAGGUGCCCCAGAGAUCGAACCCUGACGAGAUGGAGGUAGAGGGUGGAAUUUAUGGGUCGGCCUAUGUGCCUCGCCCUUGUGACGGUGACGACGCUGAUGGUGGGGCUCUGGGAGGAGGAGGGGGGGAUGUUAUGGGACCGUUUGUCAGGGGACGGGCGAGGAGUCACGCAAGUCGGAGGGUGAAACUGACGCAACCGAGGCAGGCGGAGGAGGAGUUGGAGCAUCGUUUGUAGGUGCGCUGAGGUUGCGAGUGGAGGGUGAGACACAUAUUCACGUAUGUGGGCUUGUAUGAUCUCUCACAACUAAUUACUAUGUGAUAGUUAAAGUGAACAAAAAUGCAUGAGUUUGUGUCGCGGUCAUGUUUGAGUGACAUGUGCUUCUUCAACGUUUUUUUUUCCAUUGUGCAUAUUGUUGUUUUUAUUGGCAACCACAUUCGAGUAAAAUAGUCAGAAUGUC